CAGGAGCAGCUCCAACUUCGCAAGCUCCAGCUUGUACCUGAAGUCACGAAACUCUCAGCUGCAGUGCGCGCAACCAACCCAAGCUGCACAAGAUGGGCGACCGCCUUACACAGCUCCAGGAUGCUGUCGACCAGUUUGCGACGCAGAUGGUUGCUUCGAUCCACUACCUGAACCGCCAUCACGACCUCGAGCUUUUGGGUCCCAAGGACCAGAUCAACCAGGCUACGAAGCAGAACGCAGAGGAGGAUCAGAAAGAAAUUGACCCGCACCCCUCCGACAGCUUCAACGCCUCGCAGCUCGAGCUCGCCCGAGAUCUCAUAACAAAGGAACAGCAGAUCGAGUACUUGAUCUCGAUCUUGCCGGGCUUGCUCAACAGCGAACAGGACCAGGACCGCACGAUCAAGGAGCUCGAGGAGGAACUCAAGGUCGCCGAGGCGCAGCGCCAGGAUGCCGUGAGGGAGAAGGAGGUCACAAUGAAGAAGCUCGACGAGGUGAUUCGGAGCAUCCGAAGGCCGUGAGGGUCAUCUAUGACGAGAGUACAAGUAUUGCUUUUGCAGCAUGGCGUUAUGGUGUUUUCUGAUAUAUAGACACGGCCGAUGGCCGAGGUUUUGUU